AACACAUCUGCCACGUGGUUUCCAUAUAAAAACAACAAGUCCAAACAUUUACUUCUUAAGCACUUCACUCUCUAAUUUUCUUCUAUCUCUCACCAUAUUCGCGAUUAAAACUCUCUGAACUUUUCUCUCAAUUUCUGAUCCUCAAAAGCAAACAAACAGUUAAAGAAGAUUCGUCUGAAUAUGGCCCUCGAAGCGAUGAAGUCUCCAACUUCCUUCACCAGAAUCGAAACGAAAGAAGAUUUGAUGAACGACGCCGUUUUCAUUGAGCCGUGGCUUAAACGCAAACGCUCCAAACGUCAGCGUUCUCACAGCCCUUCUUCAUCUUCCUCCUCGCCGCCUCGAUCUCGUCCUAAAUCGCAGAAUCAAGAUCUUACAGAGGAAGAGUAUCUCGCUCUCUGUCUCCUCAUGCUCGCUAAAGAUCAACCGUCUCAAACGCGAUUUCAUCAACAGUCGCAAUCGUUAACGCCGCCGCCAGAAUCAAAGAACCUUCCAUACAAGUGUAGCGUUUGUGGAAAAGCGUUUCCUUCGUAUCAGGCUUUAGGCGGUCACAAAGCAAGUCACCGUAUCAAACCACCAACCGUAAUCUCAACCGCCGAUGAUUCAACAGCUCCGACCAUCUCCGUCGUCGGUGAAAAACAUCCGAUUGCCGCCUCCGGCAAGAUCCACGAGUGUUCAAUAUGUCACAAAGUGUUUCCGACGGGUCAAGCACUCGGCGGUCAUAAACGCUGUCACUACGAAGGCAACCUCGGCGGAGGAGGAGGAAGCAAAUCAAUCAGUCACAGUGGAAGCGUGUCGAGCACGGUAUCGGAAGAAAGGAGCCACCGUGGAUUCAUUGAUCUAAACCUACCGGCGUUACCAGAGCUCAGUCUUCAUAACAACCCAAUCGUCGACGAAGAGAUCUUGAGUCCGUUGACCGGUAAAAAACCGCUUUUGUUGACCGAUCACGACCAAGUCAUCAAGAAAGAAGAUUUCUCUUUAAGAAUCUAAUAUUCGACUAUUAAUUCUUGUGUAAUUUUUCAUUUUUCAUUUUUUUAGUUACAGUUUUUCAUUUUUCUGAUUUGGAUUGAAUAUUCGUAUAUUGUUAGGGAUUGAUACAAAGAUUUGAUUAUUGAUUAAGUCAGAAAUUCAUUUUUACUUUGGUAACUAA